AUGCCGUCACCGGACGCGGCGGCGAGGCACACGGGCGCCGGCGUGGCGCGUCGGCAGGCCCACCACGAGCGGAUGCGCGACGAGCGCGCUCGGGAAGCGGCCGCGGGCGACGCGGAGUUUCCGCCGGAGGACGACGCGGUCGAGAUGGCGAGCGCCGCCCAGCUGCUGGACAGCGUGGCGGAGGUGGGCCCGAACUACACCCUGCUGCGCAGCAAGGAGACGAAGGCGAAGCGGCGGAAGCGACAGCGCGAGGAUGCCAGGGCGGCGCUCGACGGCCACACUGUCCUGUCCACCGGAUCGCGCCUCGAGAUCUUCUGCGACAGUGAGCGGUGGUACCCUGCGACCGUCAUGGCGCGGGAGGAGGACGGGGACGGACGGAUCGUGCACGAGGUCGAGUACGACGGCUACCCGGAUCGGCGGUGGUGGCACAUGCUGGACGACGAGCGCGCGCUGGCGGACGCCCUCGAGGCGGAGGAUGACGAGCGGCAGGAGGAGGCCGCGUGCGGCGAUGGGCGGCCGAUGCUAGCGCUACCCUUGGAAUGGCCGGAUCCAGCCUUAAAACACCGCCUGUUCUCCGCGGCUGUGUGA